GAGUUCCACCUUGACAACACGUGACCUCGACCUUCAACUGAACCCUUUCACCAUCGAAAAUGGCCGAGUCAAUGUUCUCAGACGUUAAGAUCGCACCUCCUAUCGAGGUUUUCUCGUUAACAGCAAAGUACAACGAAGACAAACGGCCAAUUAAGGUUAAUCUCGGAGUUGGGGCUUACAGGACAGAUGAAGACAAGCCAUGGGUGUUACCUGUUGUACGGACUGUUGAGGCACAGAUGGCGUGUGAUGCCACUCUCAACCAUGAGUACCUCCCUGUGGCAGGUUUGGCUGAAUUCAGUAACAAUUCAAUAAAGCUACUUCUGGGUGAAGACAGCCCAGUCAUCACACAGAACAGGGUUCUCGGCACACAGGCCGUAGGGGGGACUGGAGCCCUCAAACUGGCCGCAGAGUUUAUGCACAGGCAUCUGGGUGUCGACGUCGUCUACGUGUCCAAACCGACAUGGGGUAAUCACAGGGGGAUCUUCAAAGAUGCUGGUUUCUCACAGAUAAGGGAAUAUCGCUACUGGAAAGCAGACACCAGAUCGUUGGACUUUGACGGUAUGAUGGAGGAUUUGAAGAACGCUCCUGAACGAGCCUGUGUCAUCCUUCAUGGCUGUGCACACAACCCGACUGGAGUUGAUGCUACCCCUGCACAGUGGGUAGAGAUCGCAGACGUCUGUCAGGAGAGGAAUCUGACCAUACUCAUUGAUAUCGCCUACCAAGGGUUUGCCACUGGCGAUCUAGAUAAGGAUGCUUCUGCUGUGCGCUAUAUGCAGAGCCGUGGAUUUGAAAUGUUUAUUGCACAGUCAUUCUCAAAGAACUUUGGUCUAUAUAAUGAAAGAGUGGGUAACCUAGUAACGAUCACUAAGACGAACGAAACAGUGUUGAAGGUGAGGUCCCAGAUGGAUCUGAUCGUCCGGACAAUGUGGUCAAACCCACCCAAUCAUGGCGCUCGUGUUGUUUGUUCUGUUCUCAACAAUCCAGCAUGUUAUACAGAGUGGAAGGAAGAAGUGAAGAAAAUGGCGAGUCGUAUUCUGACGAUGCGUGACACUCUGUACCAGAAGUUAGUGUCCCUGGGGACGCCCGGUUCGUGGACACACAUCACCACCCAACGCGGAAUGUUUAGUUAUACCGGCCUCUCAGAGGCCCAGGUUGACCUGCUUCAAUCCAAGUACCAUAUCUACAUGCUGAAGUCUGGACGUAUCAACAUGUGUGGGUUGACAUCAAGCAACAUCGAUUAUGUAGCCGAUGCCAUUCAUUCUGUUGUCUGUGGCGACGAAAACCAGCAACAGAAGCAAGCAUCACUAUAGAUAACCUCAAAGUUUAUCCUUAAAGACAUUUACACCCUGUAACACUGUAAAGCCAGUCUUAAGUAUGUGUAGUAUUUGAAGGCUUAGUGAAAGUUGGUGGUGUCUUUGUUUCUACUAAACAAGACAUCAAAUUUGAUGUAGAAGUUCACACCGAAAGUUUUUUUUUUUUUGGAAAUUGACUUAGACUUUUUCAUCGGUGAGUAAUACACCCAGAAGUGAGUUAUUGUCGGAAUCCACACUGUUUACACGGUAUUUUAUAUCACCUUAUGGAUUGGUACAGAAUAGUGAUCUCCUUAUUGUUGACUAAAAAGAUUUUAAUUUGUAUGGAAUUUGUCAAAUUACCUUUAUUAAUUUGAAGUAAUAUCCUUGACACAACAUGUACAGUAAGUUUGUCAUAUUAGUAGUAUUCAAAUUAAGGUUCUGAUGAAAUUAAAAAAAUUGUGUUGUUUUACGACCCUUCAGCAAUUUAAGUCAUUUAUCAGAUUUCGAUAACAAGGUGCGAUUAUAUUAAUUCAUAUGACAUUGAACUAAUCAUGCCUUCCCCGAAUCAGUGUAAAAGAAAAAAAAAAAUCUGUAUCAACCAAGAACACAGAAUUAUUUCUUAAUGUGCAGAAAAGUGCAAACUGUUUUUUAUUUGUUAUGUAUUUGUUGGACGGUGAAAUGCUGUUUAUCCAUGCUAUUGUUUCAGAAGUGAAUUUAAACCUUUUUUUUUUUUAUUAAUGGAGCAAAUUAAAGGUGUUAGUUGUGUUCUCAAUUGUGUGGGUCUGUGUACAUCCAUCUACCUUGUGAUUGUAGUCUAAUUAAUGGGUCAUUGACUUGGCUUUUAUAAUGUCUUUCAUUGAAGGUAAAAUCAAUACCAGCAUUAUGUUAAAUAGGCUCGGGCUCCUGUAAUGUUAGGUUCAUUUUGAUUAUUUCGGUGAUAUAAUUCACAUCCGUAACUUUUCCUUUUUGUUGUAAACAAAAUAAUAUAUUUGCUUUCUCGCAAAGUUUAUUGACCUUCUCAAAAACAUGUAAUCGAAGCCUCCUAUAUAUGAAUUCAGGUGUCAAAUUAAUUAAUAUUAUGUGACGAUUCCCAGGUUGGGACGAUUCAUAACCAGUUUCGUUGGUAGUCUAAGGGAGAUAAUCACAAAUUAAAAAUUAUGCCUGUGCAACAGGGCCAGCCAGUGUGAAGUAAGAAAAAGGAAACCUUAUAGCAAAGUUUUUUGUGUUGUAAAUGAAAUUCAAGUGAUUGCUGGUUAUAUCAGAAGAGAAAGCAAGCAUAAAGCUUACAUUAUGAAUUAGAUAUACAAUUAUAUUUUAGUAUUGAUGAUGUUGUAUGACCAGUUAUCUUUUAAAUACAAAAAUGGUCAGACAUUUGGUUUUCUGAACGGUCGCUGUGCAUGUUGAUAUGGCUGUUUUUUCUGAGAUUUUGACUUUUGUCUUAUGAUCUGAUGUUGAUGAGUUUGUGUAUUAGGUUCACCUGUUUGGUAGAUCGCUUGAUAUCGGGCCUUAUUUACAGCAUUAAUGUUUAUUUACCUGACAUGCCUUAUUUACAUAUAUAAUCAGACAUUGAACAUCAGGGUAUGAAUACAGAAAGUAAGGCAUUUCUAAGUUGAGAUAAAUUGUACCUAAUCCUUCUUGUUGAAUGACAAAUAAAAUAUGUUUAAAUACAGAAAUCAAGGGAGAAUAACUACAGAAUCUUUUAAAGUUGCCUUAUAUCGUUUUAUCUCUUUCUCUCUCUCUCUAAAAACUUAAUUUAUAACAUGUGUUUAUAAAAAAAAGUUAAAAAAAAAUUAAGACUUAAUCAUGUUGUAUAAAUUGUUAAAAGAUCCAAUUUAGGAUGGAAAGACAUGACAGCGGUGGAGCUUGCUUAUAUGGAGGGAGUAGGUCAGUAAGAUGUUUUACCGAGGCAGAUAUAAAAUUCACCAAAGCUGAAUUUCUGCAUGAUGACUAGUAUUUGCAGACAACCCUGGAUCAAUUUCAUUUUUUAUUUGGGACCCAAUAGCAAAGUAAACAAGUAAGCUGAUUCUGAUCACCACCUCCUUUAACCCUUUCACCCCUAGGUAACUUUAAUAGACUCUACCAUACAUUUAUAUGGGGGAGUCCAUUAUGGUCUGCAGUGGUAAAGGGUUAAAUAUUGAUGUUAAGGUAAAUCGAGUGAGACUUGCCAAUAAGUGAAGAAUCAUCAAAAACAUGGCCUGUAAUGGUUUUAAUGCUAAUUUU